AAUUAACUACAAAGAUGUGGACAUCUCCAGGGCUGUGGUUAGCCGCGACGUUCAUCAUCAGUCAACAGAUUUGUGGCAUAUCAACAGGAGAUUUAUCUGAUGAUAGGACGCUGAACUCCAUACUACUCGCCACAAAAUACGGGCAUCCGCCGACGCAGUACGACGUCGUCACUGAAGAUGGAUACAUCCUCGCGGUUUACCGACUGCCGGGUAAGGGUAGAAUACCAGUUUUACUCGUCCACGGGUUUAUGGAUAGCUCCGAUACCUUUUUGAUCAGAGGCAACACUUCACUAGCAAUAUACCUCGCCAACAAGGGAUACGACGUGUGGCUCGCCAACACCCGAGGCAACAGGUACUCGCGACGUCACAAGACCCUCAACCCUGACAAGGACCCCGCGUUCUGGCAAUUCAGCUUCCACGAGAUGGGAUACUACGACCUCCCGGCUGUCAUCGACACGAUUUUAAACGAGACCGGCGCAAAGAAUGUCACCGCCAUCGGCCACUCCCAGGGAAACACGAUUUUCUACGUACUCGGCUCGGAAAGAAAAGAGUACAACUCGAAAAUAAACGUAUUGCUAGCACUCGCGCCGAUAGCUUUCCUGCAGAACGUUCAGGGACCUUUAGGAACCGUUAUCAAAUCGGAACCGGUGAUCAGUGGACUUAUCAAAACUGUACGUGUAAAUGAACUAUUAGGUGACAACACCGCACUCGGUAUCGCUUUACACUCGACAUGCUCCGUACCGGUGCUCGGGUACACGAAGUGCGCUUACGGGCUAAUAUUUCCUUUCGUGGGUUCUGAUCCCACAGAGUUGGAGCCGGACUUUUUUCAAAACGUCGCCAAACGUUUCCCUGCAGGAGGUUCGGGACAAAGUCUACUACACUUCCUGCAAGUGGGGCACAGAAAGAAGUUUGCGCAAUACGAUUACGGAAGCGCCACGAAUAAGAAGAUCUACAAUUCGUCGGAGCCGCCACUGUACCGUUUAGAUCGAGUGACUAUGCUGGUGGCUCUGUAUGCCGCGGCUAAUGACGGUUUCUCCACUGUAGCUGAUGUGGACUUGCUGAGGCAGCUACUGGCGAAGGUCGUGUACUACCUGCUGAACCCCCUCCCGCUGUGCAAUCACGCGGACUACGUGUGGGGUCGAACCGCAAACGUUUACUUGUAUCCGUACUUAGAUAUCAUAUUGAACAUUUACAACCGUCUGUAGAUACUGAUGAAUUAUUCCAACAAAACAAUUCGUU